UACCUUGCUCCACAGGUCACAGCUAUGGCACGGUCGGAGAAGCCCCAGCAAACCUCGGCGCCCUCGCCGUCGGCGAACCGGGGCUCCCGCACUAGCGAGCCGCCCGAGCGGGGCCCCGCGCGGGGAGGCGAUUGCGUGAACGCCGACAAGGCAGCGCCUGCGCACCGCUCGAGCGUAGCGCCGUGCGUCACCUGCGGCCUCUGCGGCGGCAUCCUCCGCGAUGCCACCACCGUCUCCGAGUGCCUCCACUCCUUCUGCAGGAAAUGCAUAUGUCAGAAGUUUGAGGAUGAGGAUAUCAAAUGGUGCCCUAAAUGCUACACUGAUUUGGGGUGUGCUCCACUGGAGAAGCUCAGGUCAUGUCUGUUGGCAUAACUAGUUUGAUGUUAUUUUGCAGUCAUGCUUAACCGGAUAUUGGGGCAACGAUUAUGAUCGUAUCUAUGUGCUAUAUAUCUUUUCUGUUGGAAUUUUGGUUUAUAA